AUGACCACUGGCGACAACCCUGGCGACGACUAUCCUCCGCGCCUGUCUGUCGCGGAGAAAGCAUCCCUCUGCUGCACUCUGCUCGCCUCCGCUACCAGCACGCUUCUUGUCCAUGGCACCAAGGGCAUCUUUCGCGGCCGGAAAGGCGCAAAGCACUACAGUGUGCAUCUGGCGCAUGCCCUGGUCCGGACCUUGAACGAUACCCUGACUACGCGGCAGUAUCAGUAUUUGCUCCCGCCAACGUAUCAAACGUACGAGGCUUAUGCAAAGCGGAAAAAGUUCCAGCCAGAAACGGUCCGUCUGCCCAGGUACGGUGGCAUGGGACACUGGCUAGGGAGCAAGACUGCCAAAAACGUGCUUUUCUCUGCAAAAGGAGGCGGUUUCGCGCUCAGCGCCAACGACCUCUAUUUCGAUUUCUGCUGGGAUCUCAUCCAAAGCCUGCAUGCUGCCGGCCACGACCUCUCCGUGUUCUUUGUCUCGUACACUCUGACCCCCCAUGCCAUCUAUCCGACCCAGUUGAAGCAGUGCGUCGAGGCCCUGCGCUACAUCCUCCGCGAAGCUGGCUUUUCGCCCGAAAACGUCUUCCUGGGCGGUGACUCGGCUGGUGCCAACGUUGCGCUGGCUGUCCUCUUGCACGUCUCCCAUCACCCUCAUCCUGAGAUCAUCGCCGACGAGGCCGACGACAGCAAAGACCAAGACGCCCGUCUCGAUCUCUCUCUCUCCGCGAGCGGUGACAACGACUCCUACUACCUCGGCGGGAUCUUCUGUCUGGGACCCUGGGUCGAUUUCAACUUCGACCGCCCGUCCGAGAAGACGAACCGGUUCAAGGACUGCCUGUCGAAAAAGUCUGAGCAGGCCUGGGCGCGCGAGUACGUCAACGGACGGAACCCAGACGGGUGGAACGAGCCAGCCGUCGCGCCGGCAGAGUGGUGGAAGGGCGUGCGAGUGCGCGAGUUCCUGAUCCUGGCUGGGUCGGAUGAGAUUCUGCUUAGUGGGAUCGGGGAGUUUGCUGAGAAGGUCCAGUCCAUGUUCCCCCGCCUAACGUUUUUCAUCGGCCAGGACGAAGGCCACGUCUCGCCGAUCGUUGACCGGGGCCUGUUCGGCAAGAAGCAGAGGGCCCGCAUCCAGACGGCUCAGGUGUUGAAGACGUGGUUCGCAGAGCGACUGCUGUCUAGAAGAUCGGCUGAAGCUGGAUCGUAA